AUGAUCGACAGACGUGGAUGCAGCAGUCCGAGACGUCACCGGAGCAGCAUUAAACCGAUGAUGGUGAUAAGUACAGCUCCGACAUUCCGUACAUCAGUCAGAAAUCUGGUGUUGGAGAAGAUCGCGAACACGGUUUUCUUUCCAUGCAAGUACUCGACGAAUGGCUGCGCAGCGGUCAUGCUUCAUCAGGAAAAACUGGAGCACGAGGAAGCAUGCGAGUUCAGACCAUACUCUUGCCCUUGUCCAGGGGCUUCGUGCAAGUGGCAAGGAAGUUUGGAGAAAGUUAUGCUGCACUUAACCAAAGUUCACAAAUCUAUAACAACCUUACAGGGAGAAGACAUUGUUUUUCUUGCCACCGAUAUAAACCUUCCGGGUUCGGUUGAUUGGGUGAUGAUGCAGAACUGUUUUGGAUUUCAUUUCAUGCUGGUGCUUGAGAAGCAAGAAAAGUGCGACGGUCACCAGAUGUUUUACGCAGUUGUUCAGCUGAUCGGCUCACGAAACCAGUCGGAAAAUUUUAUGUACAGGUAA